CCUUUUAACGUCUGUGCUUAGCAUUAAAAGCAGUGUGGUGUACGGUAAGAGUUAAGUUUUCUGUUUUGCGAAUUUGGCAUUCUACCGCAAAACACAGUUUGCUAUUGCAACCGGUCUUUAUUAUAAAAUAGUAACUAUGUAGAAGUGCCUAACUCUGAUUGUAAGACUAAACUUGACGUAAACUGUAAACUUGUUCCACAAAUCUGAUUGGAUGAUUGGAAAAUAGGGUCAGGGAGUACAUCAUUUUUCAGAAAACAUUCAAAUGAUUGUAGUUACUAUUUUCCUGUCAGUUUUUCAUCUCAAACCUUUUACAUUGUGAAAUUGUUCAGACCACACCUCUAAAAUAACUAGCGAGAUAUUAAAGUGCAAACAGUAUAUAAUGCUGUUUUAUUGUUUCCUAAUUAGUUUUAAAAGUCUCCUACAAUAGGUUUACAUCCAUCCACGGUCAAUAAAAACAAUGAUUUUUCUUAUUGAGAAAUCAGUCCUUUCUGGCAGUCUGCUCUGAUUGGUCAGGUGCUUUCUCUGUUCUGAUUACAGUAGGUUUUAAAAACCAAAUGUAUAUUAGCACAGCUGAAAUUCAACUCCUGCUUUACUUUAUCAAUGUAUGCAUGAAUCCUCAACCUUCUUGACCAUCUUCAAUCUUCUGUCAACCGCAGAAACUAAACCCAGGCUAAAAUGUUCGAAAUAGUCUAAUGGGUCUUACUUCUUACUUAUUUCAUUUUAUGUGAAUAUUUAAAGUCACCUUCAGUAUGUCAACCUCAGUGAACCCUUAGAAAACGAUGCAAGCGUCAUUAUGCUCACAGACAGGGACUUUACAUUUAUUUGUUAAAAUAUUGUUGGGUUUACAGCUGCAAUCUAGUUCACUGUCAGGUGAUUUCCUGCACUUCUGUCCAAGCACUGAUUCCCAGAAUUGUAUAUAAUUAUUUUCAUUUAAAUGGACUGCAGUGAUGAUAUUUUAGUGUACUUUUAACUUCCUUCAGACUGGCCUUUUUGAUUGAUCUGAAGAAUGAGCAUUUAAGAUAAACAGAGUGUGGAGUCAGUCACAACCCAAUAAAGGCUCACUUCUCAUUUAAGGAUGUAUUUCAUAAUACUUAUUUACUUUUAUCAUUUUCAAAUCUGUAAUGGCUUCCUUGCCUCCUCAAACAGAUCUAAGUGAUAAGAGAGUCUGAUAAGUGUGUUUGUGUGGUUACAGCUGUGCUCUUCACACAGCUCAAUGACUGCUGCUCUCCACCCACUGUGACGGACUGCACCGCUCAUGCACACGGAAAGCACCGACUUAUGCAUGUAAAUUACAGGCCCUUCACUGGCUUUGACACAACUAAAUUCAUCCUAGCAGCCAUCAGAUAAAGGAAAACAUAAGUUAGCCCAGAACUAGGAUUGUGCAGUCUUUUCCCUGAAGAACCAGUUCAGAUCCGGCUUAACUUCCUGAGAUGUCCUGUUGAUAAUUGAGGCUGGAUAUAAACUCUGCUGGAUGGUGGUUCUGCAGAAUCAGGACUGACCACUCCUGUAAUGGACUACUGUAAAUACACUCCUCUCAUCCUCCAAUCAGUGAGCAGUUCGUCAUUGCCAACAGGUGAUGGUCAUUAUGUCUGACUAGAGAAGAACAAAGAAAGAAUGAAAGAAAAUACAAAACAAAAGCAAAUUUGUGCUGGGAUGUGACACAGUUCUGAGUGAAAUAAUCCUUUAAAUCCCCUUUCUUCUGCAAGAACAUCAACUUUUUUGUUAUUAUUUUCUCAUUUUGCCCUGAUGAUUGACCAUUCCAUUUGUUUGUUGUUAAGUUAUUUGACUCAUGAAUGUUGAAACAGCGUUCAUCACAUUUGGCAUCAGGUUUAUUCACUUGGUUCUUGACACUUUGAUGCAUGAGUGUAUUGAUUUGCAUGUUUCUCAGAAGUAUCUUCACAGCUUUAGACCUGCACCUUCUGGCAGAGGCAGGACUGUGCUCUGGUGAGCUGUACUCCUUCUGUUCACUCUCUGUGACAGACGUCUACAUUACUUUCAGAGGUGGAUUUGAAGACUUCAACAUCAUGCAUCACUUCUUGCUGGGAUUCUCAGUCAUGGCAUUGAUUUACCUGUCAGCUGAAGGAAGCAUCAUUGUAUUCCAGAAGCCCAGAUUUAUUGGCGUUAAGACAGGUCGGACUGUGAUCAUAUACUGUGUGCCGUCGAAUCCCACUCGCGGGCCAGCUCGUGUACAGUGGUUCAAAAACAAGAAUUACCAAAGCUCACUUACGAAUGACCAGAGAAUAACAAUUAACGACAGGAACAAUGAUAAAAAUGCUUCCAUUACUUUAAAGAAAGUGGAGACUGAGGACAGUGGCACUUACGUUUGUAAAUUAAAUGAUACGUUCGGACCAGGAACUGCACUUCAAGUAUCCAGAUAUAGCGAGCCUCAUGCUGUCUUGAUGAGAUCUAGAGUUAAGGAUGUCAUCAUUUUCCUUCAGGCUUUCCUCUUGGUUUUGUGCAUUGUCGUUCCUCUGGUUCGACUUUACAAACUGGAGAAGAAAGAAGAGGCUGAAUAUGAGGAGCCAGAGGAUGACCACAUAUAUGAGGGUUUGGAAAUCGAGCAGGUUGGUGGAGAUGUGUAUGAGGACAUCUCAACGUUUGCCCAGAGCAGUGAUGCAGCUUGGCAAGUUGAGUCUCCAUGCCAAGAGUGAGAAAAACCAACGAUAUCUCACACCAUUUCAUACUUUUUUGAUUUAGUGGCUAAUUUGUAUCAAUUUGAAUGAGCGCAUUCAUACAUUUUAGUAUGAUUUGCUCAUCCCCCAAUGACAGUUGGGUGUUAGGAUGGGGUUUGGUGCUUAGUUUGGUAUUAGAAAACUUUACAUUUUAAUAAUAAUCUAAUAAUCACCAGAUCUCAGCUUUAACACCAGACGCAGGUGGAUGCUUUCAGUCUCAUUGUUUGUGUUUUGUGUAUAUAUAUAUAUGUGUGUGUGUGUGUGUGUGUGUGUGUGUGUGUGUGCGUGUGUGUG